AUGGCGAAUCUGGCACCCAAGAACAGUGUCUGGAGCGCCAUGGAGUACAAGCCGCCGCGCGGACGCUGCAACUUCAAGCCGUCCAUCCUCUCUACGUGUCCUUGUCUUCGCUUCAUGCUACAUCCGGUCAAGGCGAGUAUCUAAUCCGUCGUGUGCGACCUCAUGUGGAUUGCGCAUAGUGACUGACAUGCGGUAGGCUGCAACAUCAUUCGAGUGUGAUGGGUGUGGCCACCACGCUUCAUUUCACUCCCUCGAGAACGACGCUGAGGACGCUGUGCUCCAGAAGUGGUCGGCGCAGGAGGCCAGAGAUCUCGAUGCGCAGAGGGCUGGCAGCGUAAGCAAGAAACGGCGGCGCAUCGCGGACAAGGCCUCUGAGACCGUCGAGAUCCUGGAGCUCCCGGACGACGGUGACAUCUCCGUGGUCCUCGGGUGUUCCAACCGGAAACGACACGCAAAGCAAACUCAAGCAAUGCGCAGUGGACCGUCGAAGAAUGGACACUCUGCAGUCGAGUGA